AUGAAAUCAUCACUACUUGGAUAUCUAUUAUUUGCGAUUUUGUCCGUUAUACAUGUAUUUGAAAUUGCAAUCGCAUUUCCAUCACCAGUGAAGUUAGUGACACGAAGCAGCACUGUUGUAAGACGCGGGUUAAAUGGUAUUAAAACAGUCGGUAAAAAUGUUCAGUGGCUUGCACAAGUCUCUUUUGGAACACCAGCACAACAAUUUGAACUAUUAAUUGACACUGGAUCCUCGAACAUUCUCGUUACCACAACGGAUUGUGAUCCAGGAUGUCGCACACAAUCAACCAAGUUUUUUGAUACUAAACAAUCAACCACUUAUGAUCGUGUCAGUAAGGGUUCAUAUAGUAUUUAUUCUGUUCGCUGUCUUGUAUAUGAUUUGGCUGUGGAUGUUAUUACAUUGGGUGAACUUAGAAUUAGACAACAAAAUUCCGAUCUUUCAUUCGACGGUAUUUUGGGUCUUGGUUUCGAUAAAAUUACACAACCUACAAAUUUUGGUGUUGAGACUGUUCUUACUACAAUGUUCAAACAAAAGUUGGCAAGUAUUUAUCAUCCAUAUCAAGAACUAGGUGGCGGAGCAAUUUUAGAUGAUAUAUACGUCGAUGAUAUAGACUUGGAAGUCGGCGGUCCAUUUAUUUUCGAUACCGGUGCAACUUACAUAUUUGCACCUUGUUCAAUAGUCGAGC